AUAGUGCCUCUUCAUAUGCUACUAGUGCUCUCACUCUAACUAACACAAAAGUGCUUAAACUAUCUCUGUAUACAACAUCAAAGAUACAGCCCAUAGACGCUAGCAUUAUCGCAUCAUUUAAGCUUCAUUAUCGUCAUAUGCAACUUCAACGUGCAAUUGAUCAUGAUGAAGCUAGAGAAAGUGAUAUAUAUCAAAUUGACCAAUUGCAAGCUAUGAAAUGGAUAAAGGUUGCUUGGGGUGAAAUAUUUUUAUACAUGAAAAUUAUAUCCCCUCAUGAUGAAGAUGGAAUGCCUAUUGACCCACUACCUCUUUAUGAAGAUGAAAUGUCUGUUGUCCUACCUUCUUUUGUUGAAAAUGUAGAAGACUUACUUGUUGAAGAUAUGGAAGAAAACCUAUUU